GUCUGGUACAAUGAUACAUGUGUGUAUAUAAUUAAUGACCUUUGUGUGGCUAGUGUAAUACGAGAUGGCGGUAACAAUAGUCGUGUUUGCUUUCUUGGCCUCUACGAUAAGUACACUCGCGGAAAAGGUCACUUUAAAUGAUGUUUUGUUUAGUGGCGGCUACGAGUUUAUAGAUCUGACACAUCCAUAUGAUAAUAAUACAGUUUAUUGGCCUGGUCAUCAAAAAUUUACGUUUACCAAAAAGAUCGAAAAUAUUCAGGAAGAUAAAUCAUGGUAUGCUGCAAAAGAAUUUUCUGCCGCCGAACAUGGGGGCACGCAUUUGGACGCACCAUACCACUUUUUACAAACGGGCGAUUAUGUUGGGGACAUCCCGCUGGAAAAAUUGAUUGUACCCUUAAUAAUAGUUGACGUUAGUUCAAUAGCCAACGAUGAUGCCAAUUUCGUACUCUAUAAACAUCAUUUGGACUAUCUUCUCAAUUAUAAUUCAGGACAGCCUUGCAUUUUGAUAUUUAAAUUUGGCUGGAGUAAAUACUUUCACGAUCGGAAUAAGUAUUUAGGGAUCGGAAUAGACCAAAAGUCUUUAAAUUUUCCAGGUUUGAGUGUAGAGGUGGCCCAGUGGAUAACGACAUCCUAUAAAAAUGUUGUGGGCAUUGGUGUUGACGUAGCGUCUGUGGACCCAGGUUCGGUUAAAGAAUUAGCUGUACAUAAAAUUUUGUCAAGAGCUGGACUUUAUAACAUGGAAAAUGUCAAAUUGGACAGAGCCAUACCCGAAUUUAUUUUCAGAUCAUGGAUGCACUGCUUUGGUUAUGCCAAUGAAAAUAGCUGCAGGUACUGGGGCACCACUGCGGCUUGUAGCUAUUUGUCCGAAGCCAAAACCAGAUAAUUUCUAACAGUUCUGUAUACAGCAGAUAAUUAAUAAUUGACAUUCCAUUUAAACAUAAUAUUGACAUUAUAAAUAUUAUUAUGUUAUUAUUUAUUAGAUAUUGAAAAUAUAGUCUUAAUUUAAAGAAACGUUUAUUUCGAAAGUUGCUUACAUCAAAGGCCUAGUUGCCAUCGAAAUGAGCAUAAACUAGUAGCGUUCUCAAAUAAUUGCGAAUAAUCUUUAUAAAUCAUUGAACAUAAAGGUUAUGUUGACCAAUAGCUACUGUUACAACUCUGUAGUUACAAUAAUAUUUUUAGGCCAUAUUAACAAAAAGUGCUUUAGCACGUUCUUUUUAACUUACAAUCAAUUUAAAUCAUAGAAUGUAACUUAUAAGGUAAGUUUCGUUAAAGUAAUAACAAAUUGGGCAAAAUUAAAAACCUAUUAAAUUUAAA